AUGGGACCAGAGGAUCCAGAUUUCGAAGCUCAGGCCGGUGGCGUUCGCUUGGCGUCGGCACUGCGAGCCCUCCAGACUCAGGGCCUCUUCUGCGACAUCGCCAUCUCGGCUGGCAAUGAGCAGUACUUUGCGCACCAGGUAGUCUUGGCAUCCAGAAGCAAGAUGCUCCAUGACCACAUCCUGUCCCAGAGUAAGGACCAGGGCUCUCCAGCUCCGGAGCUGUCCUUGCCCCCGCAGCCUUUGGAGAUCCGUCUCAGUGCAGACAUGGCAGCGCAAGAGGCUUGUUGCGAGGCCUUGGCACUCCUGGACCGGUUGUACGGCGAGGGCGGAGCCGAGGGCGGCGAGGCCUCGCAGCUCUCGGAGGCGCUGGAGGUGGCCUCCGAGGCGUCCCUGGCUCUCGGCCUGCAAGGCUUGCAAGCGAAGGGCUUGCUGUGCGAUAUUCUGCUCACCGUGGGCGACAUUCACAUCCCGGCACAUCAGGCCGUUUUGGCAGCAUCUUCUUCCGCUCUGAAGAGGCUGAUCUUAGACGGUGCAAAGCAGCUCUGCGACAGCUCCGCCAAGAUGCCUUGCAACACCUUCGAGCUGGAAAUGCGCGGCAUCAAGCACGCCGAGGCCAUCCGCGUUCUGGUAGACUUCCUCUAUGGGAGCCCAACCUGGACGAAGCAUCAAGUCUCAGAGGAGGUGUGCGCGGACAUUUUGCAUCUCGCUUCGGAGCUCCGCCUCCCCAAGCUGCAGGAGCAAGCGUUGCAGUGGAGCAGGAGCCGAACCUCGAGCACACCAGGUGAGGAGGCUCCGCUUGAGGCUCAGGAGGCAGAGGACCCUCCUGCUUCCACACCUGUAGAGCUUCCGGAAAGUCAACCGGAAGCAGAAGCCGUUCAUCCUGAUCAGCUCGAGUGCCACAAGGAGCUCGAGGAAUGUGGUCAGUUCUGGUCAAUGAAGUGCGUGAGGUUUAACUCAACUGCCCCAAUACCGAUGCAGCCGAAGAUGGGUGCCAAGGAGGCUGCAGAGCACGCUGGCGAGAUCUACUGCCGCCAGGAUGGCGCGUUCCUGGAGAGGCUGGUGCAGCUCUUCUGGGAGAGACCGGUCUGGCUGGAGUCCGGCCUGAAGGCAGCGCCCGUGCUGGCGAAGCUGAUGGACGCAGACAGGCUCCGAAGGCUGCUGCCCUUCGUCGCGUAUCAGUGGAAGGAUGGGCCCUGGCAGCAGGCCUAUGCGCGUCUAGGCUGGGAUCCAAGGGAGGAGCCUGAGGAUGCUCUGCAGCUCCAGGUGAUCGUGUUCAAGGACACUACCUUUCCUGCCAAAGGCAGAGAAAGUCCGGAGGUGUCCGAAGACAUCUAUUUCUCCCGUCCUCCAACUCGGCGCUGGUCUCUCUAUAUGCUUGAGUUAAUCGAGGACGGCUUCAUCGACUCCCUCGUGCAAUCCCUUGUGCAAGGUGCUGCAGCCAACCAAGACCGACCACAGUGUGACCGGAAGACGGGAUUCCUGGGGCAAGUGCUCCACGAGGCGAUUCUGGAUCGCUUGGAGGUAAUGGCCACAGAGCUGCGCCAAAAGCGGAAGAAGACAGGUGUCAGAGAGGCACCUCGAAAGAAAGCGCGAGCAACGCUACAGUCCAAACCGUCAUCACGAGCGGAGUGGGGGUGCAAUGCUGCCGGCGCGCCAAGCAUGCUGACCGUCCACAAGAACAGUGUACUCUCAAGCGUGACCUUGGAGCAAGCAGCCGUGCGGCAGAAGGAGCUGGACUUCUACACGAACAACUACUGGAUAUGGGGAGGCACAACAGUCAUCAUGGCGGGUUUCGCUUUGGCCGAGUUGACGCGAGAAAUUCCACAAGGUACGCAUCCGGCUCUGGAGUGCGCCUACUUGGGAUUCACGGCCAUCUGUCUUAGCUUGGACCUAUGCAUCGUGACCUGGACCGUUCUGGUCUGCACCUGGGGCCCAGGAAAUGCCCUCCGCGGGCCCGACGGAAUGAAGUCAUUCCACGACACCAUAGCUCUCCUCAAAGAAGAACAAAUGCCCAUCUACUACGCUUUUGUCGUCAGCAUUGUGGCAUAUUUCGGAUCAUCGUGCUGCCUCUUGUGGGUCUACCCCUCCGACUUUGUGCCCAAUGCUGUGGGCACAUGUGUUCUGAUACUGUCGUUCGCGGUGAUUGUCUACAUGCAGUACACCUUGGAGCAUCAAGUUGGUGUUCUUGGAAACUCGCAUGACGACGACGGUCGCAUCAAGACCUUCACAGCUCUUGAUGACGUCGCAGAUCUGGACAUGUGCAGUACUUACAGAAAGGCUUGGUGGUUUUCCUUCUCGGAUCUUCCAAUGCUAGCCGCUUUGCAGCCGCGUGCUGCGAGUGCACCUGUCGGUCAUUGCCCAUAUGUCCCAGCCUGGGCGCAUCUGGCUGAUGGCUGGACCCGUGUGAAAGCAGGCUCCAGCGAAGACGGCGAGACAGCAGCCUCUGUAGAUCACCAGUGGAAGAACGAAAAGUUUGGCGAGGAGAAUGAGAACCAAGAAGUGCAUGAAUGUGAAUUGUCGUUGCCAGGAAGCACGCCUUGUGUGUCUUGCUCCGUUCACCGUCGCAAGUAUUGCUUUGUGGCACCUGUGGAAGGUGCGGUCCUGACCGAAGAUGGCUUUGAAGGUCCAAGCGAGCAAGAACCCAUCGACGGAAUCGAAGGUGCAGAAGGCCGCAAGGUGCAUGUGAAAGAGCUGGCACCUCCAGAGCUGGGGGGCCCGCUGUUCGAGCAGUGCCGAGCUCGCAAGAAGAAGCCGACCGUGGGCAAGGAGGACCACAGCAUCCACAAUGCCAGUGUUAGUCUUCUCUGGAGUUCGCUUGGAAAGCAAGCUGCGGCGUGCUCUCUUGAGCAAGCCACUUUGGUGAAUUUUGCGAGUAAUGGUGAUGCAGUUCUGAGCUGCUGCGACGCGGCAAGGACUACUUGUUCGGGCUGUGCGGAAUUUUCUGGAUCCAGUUGCAUCAGCUGUGCUGGUGGAUUUCGGAAAGGGCCCGGUGGAUGCAUUGCCUGUCGCGACAUUCCAGGUUUCGUGGAUCCUUCUGGCCACACUUGCGCAGACUAUGUGGCCCAGGGGAUCUGCCAGGAUGGCAGUAAAAACCCGUCUGAUUUCAACGCCAACAUUGCAGCUCAUGUCGCCAUGGCAGACUACAAAUACAACGGACUCAGCCCUGUGGAUGCUUGCUGUGCGUGCGGCGGUGGUCUGCAAACAAGCACUCCCUUCACAUACUCGGCAAACCUCCGAUCUUUUGUUCUGGGUGCCACGAUGAAGGACCAGCCCCACCCGCGUACCGCUUCCAGCUACCGGGUGGCUGGCGUGCUGGAAGGCUCAGGAUGUGAUUUGCACUCGAUUGGUUUGCAGCUCAAUGCUGAGACGGGCGAAAUCUCGGGCACCCCCAUGGCAGAGGAACCUGUGGAGGUGGAGUGUGUCAUCCAAGCUGUGCAGGACGAGUCUAAAGGCUUGAUUGAGAACAGCAGUGUCAAGAUUAGUUUGCAGCACUUCGCCUAUGCGGGGAAGCUUCUUCCUUUUCCAGCAGAGAGCCCCUACUUGCCCCGUACAUCCAGCAGUACCUACAGCAACUGGCGUGUGGCAUGUACACCACACGCCCCGUGGCUGACGAUCGAUCAGCAAACGGGGGCCCUUUCAUCAUCAAACAUUGGAGCACCCGACGCUGCUUUUUGCACCGUCACCGCGUACAACGGAACAGCAGACCUGACAUUGCCCUUGCCUGUCGUGGUACCCCGGCAGUGGACGGCCAUGGACCUGCGACAAGUGAUUACGGAGGAUAAAAAGGUGUCGGUCGGAUCUGUCUUGGACCUCGUGGCGGGACGAGCAGUGCCUCCGGUGGCUGUAGCAUCUGCAGACGGCUCCGACCAUCUCACUCCGCCGGUGGUCUUCUAUGCAGCGUGCGAUGCGGAUGGCGAGCACGUUUCCUUCGACACGACGACAGGCGACGUCCUGGUUCGUGGCCAUGUCGCUUUUCGUCUGGAGAUGCUGAGCGGGGAGUUCACAGGCAUCGUGUGGGCGGGGUUGCAGCUGUCUGACAUCUGCGAGUGCUGCCGUGCAGUGAGUGAUGCACUCUGUCCCACCGUUGUGAAAGCUCCCGAGGCAUUCCUGACAUCGGAGUCCUGGGGAGAUGCAGUGCUUCUUCUCGCUGCAAAGUUCAACUCCAGCAGCUUGUUCCGAGCAUUUCCUGUUCAAGCAAACAAGAGCCUGUUCCAUGUCAGACGAGCUUAG